AUGAUCGCCUCGCAUCUGCUCGCUUACUUCUUCACGGAGCUCAACCAUGACCAAGUGCAGAAGGUUGACCAGUACCUCUAUCACAUGCGUCUUUCUGAUGAGACCCUUCUGGAGAUCUCUAAGCGGUUUCGCAAGGAGAUGGAGAAAGGGCUUGGAGCUACCACUCACCCCACUGCUUCAGUGAAAAUGCUGCCCACCUUCGUGAGGUCUACUCCAGACGGGACAGAACACGGAGAGUUCCUGGCUCUGGACCUUGGAGGGACCAACUUCCGUGUGCUGCGGGUGAGAGUGACGGACAACGGGCUCCAGAAGGUGGAGAUGGAGAACCAGAUCUACGCCAUCCCCGAGGACAUCAUGCGCGGCAGCGGCACGCAGCUGUUUGACCACAUUGCCGAAUGCCUGGCUAACUUUAUGGAUAAGCUACAAAUCAAAGACAAGAAGCUCCCCUUGGGCUUUACAUUCUCAUUUCCCUGCAAACAAACGAAACUAGAUGAGAGUUUCCUAGUCUCAUGGACCAAAGGGUUCAAGUCCAGCGGUGUGGAAGGCAAAGACGUGGUUACUCUGAUCCGGAAGGCCAUCCAGAGGAGAGGGGACUUUGAUAUUGAUAUUGUGGCUGUGGUGAAUGACACAGUUGGGACCAUGAUGACCUGUGGCUAUGAUGACCAGAACUGCGAGAUUGGUCUCAUUGUGGGCACGGGCAGCAAUGCCUGCUACAUGGAAGAGAUGCGCCAUAUUGACACGGUGGAAGGCGAUGAGGGGCGGAUGUGCAUCAACAUGGAAUGGGGGGCCUUUGGGGAUGACGGCGUGCUUGAUGACAUCCGUACUGAGUUUGACCAGGAGAUCGACAUGGGCUCCCUGAACCCCGGAAAGCAACUAUUUGAGAAGAUGAUCAGUGGGAUGUACAUGGGGGAACUAGUGAGGCUUAUCCUGGUGAAGAUGGCCAAGGAGGAGCUGCUUUUCAGGGGGAAGCUCAGCACUGAGCUCCUCGCCAAGGGCCGCUUUGAGACCAAAGAUGUUUCAGAUAUUGAAGGGGAGAAGGACGGUAUCCGGAAGGCUCAUGAGGUCCUGGUGCGGCUGGGCAUAGAGCCGACCCAGGAGGACUGCGUGGCCACUCACCGCAUCUGCCAGAUCGUGUCCACGCGCUCCGCCAGCCUGUGCGCAGCCACCCUGGCGGCUGUGCUGCGGCGCAUCAAGGAGAACAAGGGCGAGGAGCGCCUGCGCUCCACCAUCGGGGUGGAUGGCUCUGUCUACAAGAAGCACCCCCAUUUCGCCAAGCGACUUCACAAGACUGUGCGGCGCCUGGUGCCGGACUGCGACGUCCGCUUCCUCCGCUCCGAGGAUGGCAGUGGCAAGGGGGCGGCCAUGGUGACAGCGGUGGCCUACCGGCUGGCCGACCAACACCGGGCCCGGCAGAAGAUCUUGGAGUCUCUGAAGCUGAGCCGGGAGCAGCUGCUGGAAGUCAAGAAGAGGAUGAAGCUAGAGAUGGAGCGAGGUCUGAGCAAGGAGACUCAUGCUGUGGCCCCGGUCAAGAUGCUGCCCACCUAUGUGUGUGCCACCCCUGAUGGCACAGAGAAAGGUGAUUUCCUGGCCUUGGACCUCGGGGGCACCAAUUUCCGGGUCCUGCUGGUGCGUGUGCGGAACGGGAAGCGGCGGGGAGUGGAGAUGCACAACAAGAUCUACGCCAUCCCGCAGGAGGUCAUGCACGGCACGGGGGACGAGCUCUUUGACCAUAUCGUCCAGUGCAUCGCCGACUUCCUGGAGUACAUGGGCAUGAAGGGCGUGUCCCUGCCCCUGGGCUUCACCUUCUCCUUCCCCUGCCAGCAGAACAGCCUGGAUGAGAGCAUCCUCCUCAAGUGGACAAAAGGUUUCAAGGCAUCUGGCUGCGAGGGUGAGGACGUGGUGAGCCUGCUGAAGGAAGCCAUCCAUCGGCGAGAGGAGUUUGACCUCGACGUGGUGGCUGUGGUGAAUGACACAGUCGGAACUAUGAUGACCUGUGGCUACGAAGACCCUCACUGUGAAGUUGGCCUCAUUGUUGGCACGGGCAGCAAUGCCUGCUACAUGGAGGAGAUGCGGAACGUGGAGCUGGUGGAUGGGGAAGAGGGGCGGAUGUGCGUCAACAUGGAAUGGGGAGCUUUCGGGGACAAUGGGUGCCUGGAUGAGUUCCGCACGGAGUUUGAUGUGGCUGUGGAUGAGCUUUCCCUCAACCCGGGCAAACAGAGGUUUGAGAAAAUGAUCAGUGGCAUGUACUUGGGCGAGAUUGUCCGGAACAUCCUCAUUGAUUUCACCAAGCGCGGGCUGCUCUUCCGUGGACGCAUCUCAGAGCGACUCAAGACAAGGGGGAUCUUUGAAACCAAGUUCCUGUCUCAGAUUGAGAGUGACUGCCUGGCCCUGCUGCAGGUCCGAGCCAUCCUGCACCACUUGGGGCUCGAGAGCACUUGUGAUGACAGCAUCAUCGUCAAGGAGGUGUGCACCGUCGUGGCACGGCGGGCAGCCCAGCUCUGUGGCGCAGGCAUGGCCGCCGUGGUGGACAAAAUACGAGAAAACCGUGGGCUGGACACUCUGAAAGUGACAGUGGGUGUGGACGGAACCCUCUACAAGCUCCAUCCUCACUUCGCCAAAGUCAUGCACGCGACCGUGAAGGACCUGGCCCCGAAGUGUGACGUGUCCUUCCUGGAGUCGGAGGAUGGCAGCGGGAAGGGGGCGGCCCUCAUCACGGCGGUGGCCUGUCGCAUCCGCGAGGCCGGACAGCGGUAG